AUGGCAGAAAACGACAGCUUUGUGCAAGAUGGCGAGGUCCAUAGCAAUACAAGCCAGCCGACGGUGGUUCUGGCAACUGCAAUAUUGGUGUUGCUUCCUUUAGCUAUUGUUUUGAAAAGGUUUCUUUUUCCAACAUUCGACCCUCGCGAGCCUCCGGUUCAGCGGCCAAAAGUGCCCUUUUUCGGGCACGUCAUUUCUCUCAUAAGAGAAGGGGCAAACUUCAAUAACCGACUCUACAAGGAAAGACGCCUGCCAAUUUGCACGUUGCCUAUGCUGCACGGCAAGAUGUACGUGGUGAACUCUCCGGGCCUGAUCGCCGCAGCGAUGCGCAAUCACAAUAUCUCUUUCUAUCCGUUCCAACUCGAGGGCUCGGCUACGAUUUUUGAUUUCCCGCAACAUCACAGGGAGAUGCUUGCGGACAUCAAAAUUUUGCAAGACGUCGGGAAGUUAAUGGCCUCGACGCUUAUGAAGGAGUCGCUGCAAGCAGUUAAUAAUGCGUCUCUGGGAUACUGCGCUGAAGUUUUGAACGCUAUCCGGCCUGGUCCCAUGCCUAAGAGCGUUCCCGUAUGGGAUUGGGUGCAGGAGGUCAUGGCCAUGGCUGCUGUUAAGGCCUUGUUCGGGAAGAACAACAUGUGGGAAAAGGAAAAUUUUGAGGAUUUGUGGACUUUCGACGAAAGUUUGGCUGUCUUGGCCGCAAAUGUAGCGCCUAAUCUUCUGGCCCCCAAAGCCGUGACUGCUCGUCGCCGCAUGACUGCGUUGAUGCGGUCGUUCUACGCCGAACACUUGGAUGAAAGCCCCGACGUUGCGAACAUUGUCAAGGGACGCGCCAAGUACUUGAGAGGGGUGGGGAUACCGUCCGAUGAACUCUCCAUUAUUGAGUACGUGAUACCCUGGGCGGCGACCACCAACACUAUACCAAUGACUUUCUGGUUAUUGGUGAGCGUGUUCUCCAACUCAGAGUACAUUGAACGUAUAAGGAAAGAGGUCAUGGCAAUCACCGAGAUUGUUGAGAGCAAAGAGGGGGAUGGUCGUGAUGCGACGAUCCAUACGAAAAAUCUAGAAGCAGCUUGCCCCUUCUUGGUAGCUUGUUAUCAUGAGGUUCUCAGACUGUACGUCGCCCAGGUCUUCAACCGACGUGUAAUGGAGGACUUGACUCUCGAGGAUACAGAUGGGCGGCAAUACUUGCUCAAAAAGAACACCAACAUGCAGUGGGCGACAAGUGUCACCCAUCUCAUGCCAGAAAUCUGGGGGGAUGAUGUUGAGUCUUUCAGACCAGAGCGUUUCCUCGAUGUCACGCCAGAAGAUGAGAGGCGAAGGCGCGGAGUCAUGCUUCCGUUCGGCGGAGGCCGACAUCUAUGCCCGGGACGAUUCUUUGCCCAGACCGAGAUCGUAGGUUUCGUUGGCGCGCUUGCUCUCGGUUUCGACUUGGAGGAUGUUGAAGUGCCUCCCGCUGGAGUGCCGGCCUUGGCUGCGGCUGCGAGACAUCCUGCUAAGGGAAGGGGAAAUGAACAAAUCCAGAUUUCACGACGGAACGGCUGGGAGGAUGUUAACUGGCAGUUUGUAUGUUGA